ACAGUAGUUCUCUUUCUCUUCUCUUCUCACUGCCUGCACGAGGAGGGAGAUGGUGGUGAAGAAGAGAGCGGCGGUGAUCGCCGCCCUGUGCAUGCUCCUGCUCCUCAUGCUGCCAAGGCCAUCCCGUCAGCAGUUCUUCGAUCACUCCUGCGACUGCUACCGAAAGUGCUACUUAGAGUGCAAGAACGCCUUCCCGAUGCUCUGCAAGGUCGUGUGCGGCGGCAGCUGCAAUGACAACAAGGACCCUGUCGUCACCUGCAUGGUCGCCUGCUGCACCGACUCUAUCUGCGGCCUGUCACCAGCGCCGUCCGCUUGCGCUCCGGAUUGUAUCCAUGCAUGCGAGAAGAUGUGGGGUGGCCAUGGUCCCGCCAAGGAACCUUGAAGAUCAGGAUCGCUCGAUCAUCGGAUCAUAUGAUGCACCAAUGCAAUAAAAAUAUAUCUCACUUCGGUGCACUACUUGUGAGAAAAUUUGUGAAUGUUAUAAUAAAGCCAGUUAUGACGCCUUUGGCAAAUAGCUGCUAGUUUUGAUGUGUCUUUCAUUUUAUCUUCCCCUGUCCAGAUUGCAAGAGCAAAAUUGUCUUAUCUUCUUUUUGUGAGGUGGAAGUGACAUAUGAGGUUCAUAUAACAAGUAAAAGAAUUCAAACAUGAGCAAA